AUGUCGAAAGUCUCUCCCAAAGUAUGGAUUCAUUCCAAUUUGAGGACUUGAUUGAAACAAAUCCUAAUUUGAAACUAGAUGUAGAGGCCACAUUUACGCCACAUUUUUGGAGGCUGCUCAGGCCCGAGGACUUUUCCACUCGGAUGUUCUUUGGCGACAAGCCCUCGACCAAGCCCGUGGACGCACCUGCAAACACUUCGUGUUUCUGUUUGCCCAAGUCCUCAUCGAGGCCGGUGAACUUAUUGAAGAUCAGCUUCAAUUGUGGAACGACUAUAAGAUCCACAUGAUGAUGCCGACAUUCCACAGGCCCAACAUGCCUGAUGCUGAAAUCAGGGAAAGGCAAGAGCGCAGAGCCUUGGAGCUCCUAAGCUAUUACAUCUCCAAUAUGGGUGGGAAGUAUGAAUCCUUCAAUUUACCACCCUUGGAUGGAGCAUAUGACCCUGAUGUCCACGGUGAAGACGUGGAUCUUUUCGUUGGGGAGUUCGAAACGACUGAGCGUCCUCCAGAACCUCCUAAGCCAAAGGUAGUCCUCGGAGACGACCAACAAUACGCCUUUGAUACUAUAACCAAGGCGAUGGAACUCGGGCUAAAGAAUAAGGCGAUGCCCCAUCGUCAAUUCUUUAUACAUGGCGCAGGCGGUACAGGGAAAACAACCCUGUACACUGAACUCGCAAAUUAUUGCACCGAGAAUGGCAUCAAAUACGCGGCCACCGCUACAACCGGAGUAGCGGCUAACUUGCUGCCCGGUGGAAUGACCCUCCAUAAUCUGUUGUGGGCUCCACUUGAUCUCACCCCGGACACUCUUCCUACUCUAAAGUACGAAGACUCCAGGGCCCAGCGUAUUCGUCAACUUGGUCUUUUGAUCAUUGACGAAGCAAGUCAAUUGCACAUUAACAUGUACGAUUACUUGCAGCGUCUGUUGCGCCAUGUUCGCAGGCCAGGCGAUAUUGAUCGGCAGUUGGUCAUCCUCUACGGAGGAGAUUACCAACAAAUACUGCCCGUUUGCCCAGAUCUCAGGAUCGGCGAAGAAUGGAACAGGUCACUGAUCUCUAAAAAAGCUGAAAUGCAAUACAUUGUUCUGAAGCAAAAUCACAGAACAAGAGCUGAUGAAAGGAGCUACAGACAGUUUCUCCAAGAAAUUGGCUCAGGAACAAAGUUUGCUUCAAGAGUGACCGCCUUCUCGAUUAGACACAAGUUGCAUCCAGACAUUCACAAUCAUACAAGUCCGCAAGACAUGAUUGAGGCUGUCUUCCCCGAAAGUCAUCUACAGAUGACUCUCGAGACAAGACCAACCGGAAUGGCGAUAUUAGCCCCUCGAGUUCAGACUGUAACGAAUCUGAACACAGAGAUUCUUGACCGCUUCCCGGGGAAGGAGCAAGUGUACGUCUCGGUGAACACUCCGAAUCCUGACGAUGUCAGUAACUUCGAUCACACAGUGAUCGAGGCAAUGCAGGAGCAAAUUUGCAAGGUUAAUGACGGCAAUAUGCCUCCCGGAGAGUUGAAACUGAAAGUCGGAGUAGAUGUCAUUCUACGUAAAAACUUAUCAGUCCGCACAGGUUUCUCGAACGGAACCAGAAUGCGGGUCGUUGCCUUGCACAACGACUUGGUCGAAUGUCAGAAGAUCGACCCUCACGGCAAUCUCGGGCAAAUAGCCCUUAUUGCCAGAAGUCGAUUUGACUAUCGUCCUCGAAAAGACGCCAGAGCAGGAAUACGCUUUACGCGUUAUCAAUUCCCAUUGCAAUUGGCCUUCGCAAUGUCCAUUAAUCGUGCUCAAGGGCAAACCUUGAACGUAGUUGGACUAUACUUGGACGAUCCGGUGUUUAGUCACGGCCAGACAUAUGUGUCGCUCAGUCGCACACGAAGGGCCGCCGACAUCCACAUAUACUCUCACGUGAAUACGGACGAGAUUGAUAAUGUGGUUUACGGCGAAGUCACAAAGUUCCUGCGCGAUCUCGAUACAAUUUACGAGAAUCAGAAGUCGAAAUACCCUCAGAAACCUGCUGGGAAAUAA